AUGGGAUAUUUACAAGUCAAGAUUGCAGAAGAAGACCAGGAUCUCACAUGUUUCAUUACCCCAUGGGGUCGCUAUAAAUUCAAGCGAGCGGUAAUGGGACUUAUUUCUUCAGGAGAUGAAUAUAAUCGAAGAGGAGACCAAGCUCUUGGUGAUAUACCACAAACUGUAAAGAUAGUUGAUGAUGUUCUUGCAUACGAUUAUUCUUAUAAGGAUCAUCUAGCCCAUAUUAUUUCUAUCUUGCAAAGAUGUGAUGAGUAUGGGAUAACUCUUAAUCCUCAGAAAAUUUGCUUCGCAAAAAGUGUUGUUGAUUUUUGUGGGUAUAAAAUCUCGAGCCAUGGCUACACAGUUGAUUCUCGCAAAGUUUUGGCUAUUGCAGACUUUCCUGUACCACAAAAUAUAACAGAUCUUCGAUCUUUUAUGGGACUCGUUAAUCAGCUUGGAAGUUUUUCUUCAGUAAUUGCACAUGAAGCACAACCACUCAGAGAUUUACUGAGGCAGCGUAAUGAAUGGUGUUGGACAACACAGCAUGAUUUGUCUUUUAGGAGAGUAAAGGAAGCACUUACUGCACCCCCUGUACUUGCACAUUUUGAUGCAACUUUGCCAACCAUGUUGCAGACAGAUGCAUCGCGACUGCAUGGUCUGGAAUUUGCUUUACUUCAAAAGCAUGGAACGGACUGGAAACUAAAUGUGGCUCAAGAUUCCUUUCAGAUGUUGAAACAAGAUAUUCUGUGA